CCCCCCCCCCCCCCCAAACCCCAUCAACUGAAGUCUAUGGCUUCAGCUUCUCAAGCUAGUCUCCUCCUUCAGAAACAACUCAAAGAUCUCUGUAAAAGACCAGUUGAUGGAUUUUCAGCUGGUUUGGUUGAUGAAAGCAACUUAUUCGAAUGGAGUGUCACCAUUAUUGGACCCCCGGAUACUUUAUAUGAAGGGGGUUUCUUUAAUGCUAUCAUGAGCUUUCCUCAAAAUUAUCCCAACAGUCCUCCAACUAUUCGGUUUACCUCGGAGGUGUGGCAUCCUAAUGUUUACUCUGAUGGAAAGGUUUGCAUCUCAAUUCUUCACCCACCUGGUGAUGAUCCAAAUGGAUAUGAGCUUGCUAGUGAGCGUUGGUCUCCUGUCCAUACGGUUGAGAGCAUAAUAUUGAGCAUCAUAUCAAUGCUUUCAAGUCCUAAUGACGAGUCUCCUGCUAAUGUGGAAGCCGCUAAGGAAUGGAGAGAUAAUAGAGAUGAAUUCAAGAAAAAGGUCAGUCGUUGUGUAAGACGGUCUCAAGAAAUGACAUAAAGAUGUGAAUGCUAAAAAACGGACUUCUUUCAUCAGUUGUUUGAUACAUACAAAUGUAGAAUUGCUGUCAAGGUCUGUCAUACCUUUUGUAUUAUGCCUUUUGUUUUGCGAGUUCAGUCAUUAUUUACAUUUUUGUUAAACUUACUUUUGAGGUUCUUACCAUUAAGUAAGAUUCAUUUGAUUUUACUAAAAAUGUCAGACUGCUGGACGUUAUGAUCUCUGGCCUCUCUGUAUUUGCUUUGUAGCCUAAUAGAUGAAAAACUGCAUAAUGUACAUCUUGGAUAUGAGCUAGUAAUUUUUGCAUUCUCCA